UUGAACAUUUAUGAUAAUAUUUUAAUAGCCCCCUUCUCCUUGUACUGUUCUUUAAGAGAUGAUGCAGUCCUUCACAGACAAGAGGUUUUAGAAAGCCUUUGACUCGAAGUAGUACUCUUCUAUUCCAUCCUGCAAAGAAGCAAGAAUGGAAGUCCCUGAGUGUACAAAGAUUAUGCUUAACAGGCUUCAAAAGCUUGAGCCAGAAAUGGCUACAAAAAUCAUGGGUUACCUUCUUCUGAAUCUUUCUGAAAGGCAAAUGAUUGAAUGUGCCUUAGGACCUGAUAAACAAAUCCUAGCUUUGAUCAAUAAAGCCAAAGAAUACCUUGCAUCCUCUCCUAAACAAGUUGCUUCUAGCCCUUUGCAGUCCCAAUUUGAUCACCCUUACCCCAUGAAUUACUUGCCAACUUCUCCUACAAUCUCUAGACCAUUCUCUUCUCCAACGAGCUUUCGUGUUGCUGCUCCAUCUCCGGUUUGGGAUGCUCAUCUUGCUCCAGAGCAGCAGCAGCAACAACAACAGAUGAUGCCCACUUAUAAUCUUAACCAUUCUCCACCAUUCAAUGAUAUGUUUGGAGAUGACAUGGGCCUUCAUGAUCAAGCUGAGUUCUUUGGUUCAGAGGAGAAGUUUAAUUCAUUGCACCGAAUGUCUCCGGAGUUCUCUGGCAAUUAUCUCUAUCAGGAUGCAGCUCGAAGAACUGGCCUAAGAUCACCCCCAGCUUGCAAUUACUUUUACAGAGGAUACUGUAGGCAUGGGAUAAAUUGCAGGUAUUAUCAUGGUCAUGCCGGCCCUGAUAACUUCUCCCUUAUGUAUGCUUCGGAUGCACAUGAGCUUGCCAAUGAUGACCAUGUUUUUCCGCCUGGUUCACUGGAGAAGUUAGAAUUAGAGAUCAGGCAAUUAUUGAAGGCAAGGAGCGGGAUUCCUGUUUCUAUAGCUUCUUUACCAAUGCUGUAUCAGGAGAAGUAUGGCCGACCAUUGCAGGCUGAUGGUUAUCUCACCGAGAGCCAGCGACACGGGAAGACAGGUUUUAGCUUGACAAAAUUGCUUGCUCGUUUGAAGAAUAGCAUCUGUCUUAUCGAUCGGCCACAUGGACAGCAUUCUGUGGUGCUUGUGGAAGAUGUUCCCAAAUAUGCGGAUUACAGGAAUGACAGGAUUGAUUUUCUGCAAGUAGCUGCCAGUUCCUGCCAGAUAUAUCUUACCUUUCCGGCAGAUAGUACAUUCACUGAAGAAGAUGUUAUGAACUAUUUCAAUGAAUUUGGACCUGUUCGUGAUGUGAGGAUUCCGCGCCAGGAAAAGAGAAUGUUUGGCUUUGUGAGCUUCCUCUACCCAGAGACUGUGAGACUUGUUUUGGACAAGGGACCUCCCCAUUUCAUCUGUGGUUCACGUGUUCUUGCCAAGCCGUAUAAGGAAAAGCCCAAGCUAAGUGACAGGAAAUUUGCAGAGAGAAUAGAGCAUCCAAUCUAUCAACCUGCUCUGUUUCUUGAAAUGGAUCCUGACAUUAACACAAUGUCAGUGCCAAGAUUCCUUGAUAAUUCAAGAUUCCUCCCAAACCAUUUUGCUGAAGAUCCUGAACUCGCAUUAGAACUAGAGAGCAGACGCUUGCUUGAGCUGCAACUAACCCCGAAGACCCCUAAACCGGUGACUCAGUUUCCCUAUCUUGGUCAUCAAACACAAGAAUCAAGCGCACCUAAAGAUAAUUUUGCUUCCCAACUUGUUCCAAGCAGUGGUUCACCGAGUGAUGAUAAAGCUCAUCUACUUAGCAUCAACAAUCUCAGUGAUCAUGAUGGUGAUCACAUUGAACUUCCUGAAAGCCCAUUCGCCGCGUCUCACUAGGAAUCGUCGGUGUUUUUGAUGGAAGGUGUGCAGUAAAUUGAAGAUUUAGUUUCUGCUGCACAGAGAGACUGCUUUCCAUCUACAGCUCUAUACUAAACUUUUCCUCUUUUUGGCUCCUCAUACUCACCAUGAACAGACAACAGACA